AACGCACACGUAGUCCGCGCGCGCGGGCCAUGGUCGCGAGAACCGAUGAGAGCAUGUUCGGGUGCUAUGGUGACAGCUACUCGUACCGCCUGUGGAGCCUGGCCAACGUCUGGGGCGCCUGCCGAUGUGAGUAGCGCCGCGACGGACACACGUGUCAGAGCUAGGACUUAAACGCUGACGUCAGCGGAGGCUGUGUGUGUAGAUGCUAGUCAGAGUGCGUCUCGCGAAAUAGAAAUUAGUGUCCAGUGUACAGAGGUGUCACUCGAUGAAAGUGCAUAGCUCGCUUAUGGGAGUUGGCGGUUGGUACGAACGCUUGGCGGCCGGUUGGCUCCCGGACAUGAGGAGUAAGCAGGUCCCCACGUCCACCACCUCGGCCAGGCGGCUGGCGGCCUUAAUCCGCCCGCUGGCGGGGGGAGGCGCGGAAAGCAAGCCGUCUGAGGAGGAGGAAGACCGCGGGGGCUCCCCUCUAGGCCCCGGCGGGCCCUUCAGCUGCAGCCAGUGCCGCGGAGCCUACCCCACCAGGGAACAGCUCGAGAGACAUGAGACACUGCACUCGCCCAACACACAGGUGGAUACCGUCAAAUAUUCAUGCAAAAUCUGCCACAAGAGCUUCGCGAAUGUGUACCGGCUGCAACGGCACAUGAUCAGCCACGACGAAAGUGCUCUGUUACGCAAAUUCAAAUGCAACGAUUGCGAUAAAGCCUUCAAGUUUAAACACCACUUGAAGGAACAUCUACGUAUCCACAGCGGUGAGAAACCAUUCGAGUGUGCCAAUUGUGGAAAGAAAUUCUCACACUCCGGUUCCUAUUCUAGCCACAUGACAUCCAAGAAAUGUCUCGUAAUGAAUCUCAAGAUGGGCAGAAUAAAACCAAACAACCCCGCUCUAAAUCCAGAGCGGAGUCCAUCUCAUCGAAAACGAGCUAACGCCAUGGUAGCUUCUCAACUUAACAAUAACAUUUCCCCAAACAGUAAUUCCUAUUUACCCAUCCUCCCAAAGUACAACGAAGCUGCUGCCGCAGCCUUUUUUGCUUCUAUGUCGUCUCAAGACAAUAACUUUCAUAGACCUCCCCUCGGACAGCCUGGAAUCAAUCCCUUCUACAUGCCACCUGGCAUGCCCAUGAGCCCUGCGAGUGGCAUAACUCCUUACAGCUUUCCAGCUUCUCUUAGUCAACUCUUUGAGCAAAUAGCUUCAUCACAGUAUCAACAACGAAAAAUAGAGAACUCUUUGACUCCAAAGCAUAUGAGCUCACCUACCAACCCUGAAUAUUUAAUAGAAGAGGUGACAGAAGAAGACGACAAACGAUCGGAGGGAAGCGCAGAACUCGUAAUGGACAUAGAAGAGGAUGAAGCUAUGAACAUAAAAAAAGAACAAGAAGAUCGGGAAAGCGAUCUCAAAUCGCCCUCUCAUAAUUAUGAUUCCGUCCCUUCGCAUAACAGUAGCCAUCAUAAUAAUCACGGAUUUAAUACCAUUUUAGAGUCUGUUAAUGCAUCUGUGACUAAACAUUUCUUUACAUCGAAUAUGGAAAAGCUUUCACCCGUUUCGGGCAAUAUUUGUCCCAGUAUAGAGUCGCCACAAACACCACAUAUUAAAGAAGAACCUGAUGAUAAUUUUAGGUGCUUAAAAUGUAAUGAACUUUUCAACAAUAAAAGUGACCUUUUAGACCAUGAGAAAGUAGUUUGUGGUAAUAUUUUCAGAAAACAUGAAGGUUUGGCAGCUCAGGUAGCUGAAACAGUAGCUUUGAAUCGACUGGAAGCGGAAGCCCGAGCUUCCAUUCAGAGUGGAGUUAGCGCCAGUGAGGACGAAGACUUCUCGAGGGAAGACAGAGAUGAUAAAAUUUCUAUUCACGAUAACGAUAGAAAAAUUAGAGUGCGUACAGCGUUGAGCGAGGAACAGCAAGCGGUUUUAAAAGAACACUAUGCUGUCAACCCGCGACCUAACCGCGAGGAGUUUAAAAAGAUUGCCCAACAAAUUGGCUUGGACAAUAGAGUUGUACAAGUUUGGUUUCAAAAUAACCGAGCAAGAGUACGAAGAAUGACCCAAACAAUGGCCGCAUCAGACCAACCUCUCGAUUUAUCUACAAAAAAAUCUACCCAAUCGGUAACUUCUAGUCCCACCCCUUCACCACCGUGUAGCAUUUCUGUAACACAUUCCGAUUCCGAGGAGGCGGUGAACCUGAGUCAGAAAUCAUCACGUAGCACGACGCCGCAUCACGCCAAUUUUUUGCCCACGUAUCCACAUUCCAACUGUUCGUCAUCUUCCCUCACCGAUUUCAGAUUAUCUCCUUCCCCUGGCGAACCUAUAAAUGGACAUAAAAGAUUGUUGCCACAAAAAAUGUCCAUCAAUCCUUUGAUGCCGAUGGAUAAGCUUCUGCAAUUUAACGAUAUGGCUCGAUCUCCUCUGCUAAACAUGUCGAUGGCGUCGGAUAUUAACCGCCAGACGACUAGUCCCUCAUACGAGCGUCCUCUGUGGGGAGAUGACAGACAAACACCGAACGAAUUCGAUGACGAAGCAACAGUACUUAAAAAGGGGAAACAGAAGCCGGGCGCAGAUUACAAAGAAGGAGAAGGGCAGUUUGUAUGUGACCAGUGUGACAAGACCUUUGUGAAGCAAAGCUCUCUUGCGAGGCAUAAAUAUGAACAUUCAGGUCAACGCCCAUACAAAUGCGUGGAGUGCCCAAAGGCGUUCAAACACAAACACCAUCUAACGGAACACAAGCGGCUUCACACAGGGGAAAAGCCAUUCCAGUGCUGCAAGUGCUUCAAGAAGUUCUCUCACUCAGGCUCAUACAGCCAGCACAUGAACCAUCGCUUUGCGAUAUGUAAGCCCUACAGAGACUAGAAGUACCAACCCAAAACCAAAUUUCUUUAGCAACACUCAAACCUGUACCCCUUCAGCCGAUUCUGCCUCAAAGAUCAUAAAACAAUUUAAAUGAUCUUGUUCAACUUGGUUUUAAACAUAUUUUUAUAUAAGAACUACAUACUUUUAUGCAAAGCUUGAAAAAAGUGGAACUCUGUGUGUUUAAGUCUCCUUUGCAGACUAAACCAAAACUUGUGUAUCCGAUGAGCUCACAACAGGUACAGAACACAGGCAUACCCCGAUCUUAUCAAUUGUAAAAUAUAAUUUACAAAGUAUUCGUCGCCCGGUAUUUUUGUUUUGAAGUAAUGGCUAUUGCUCAACUCUGUAUUUUUAUUAUAGGAGUUAUGAAAUAAUUUUGUAUUUCGAUAAAUAUAGUGCCAAAGCAGGUGCCACAUAUACCAAAGGAAGUGCCAAAUUUAUAUUUAAAAAUUUAAUUAAGUUUAUGUUAAUCCCAAAGGCCAGUACCUGUACUAUAAUACUCAUUGUUAAAGUUAUUUUAUUUUUUUAUACAGCGGCCAAAUAUAAUAGAAUAUACGUGAGGAAUGUGACGAUGUCAUGAUUUAAAUGACGAUUAUUUUAAUAUAUCUUCCAAUUUGGAAAGUUCUAGAAAUGCAUCUGCAACGCCAAUGCACGAGUUAGUAAUAUUUUAGAUUAACUACCUAGACAUAGCCGUCAUGUGGUGACAAUAUUAUACAUAGUAUACAUCCGCUAACUUAGAUACACCAAAGAAUCUAAAUUAUAAUUCUAUUAAUACGUAUCUAAUAAGUGUAUUGAAUUUAAUAGUUUUCUGUUUCAAUAAAAAGAUUUUCAUUUUCAAGAACAAUCAGUAUUUAUGACCUAAAUUUAAGAAUAGCUAAUGUUUCUGCGUUAUGGAGCAAAUAUUCAGUUGAUGGUUGACGUGGAUAAAAUUAUCAGAUAUCACUAAUAUUCCCAUAGACUUGACAAUUGUAAAAUGCUCAACCUUGUACAAACAGCCAAGAAAUUACUUUUAACAGAAUUUUUUUUUCUCACUAUUUAAGACAAAUAGAAAUUCCAGUAAAAUGUACGUCACCGAAACUGUAAACUGUUCGCUACAAACUCGCAGUGAGAUCGCCACGUCCGCUCGCGGCGAUGCCACAUCAUCAAAUGAUAAAUCGUCACGUUUAAUAAUCUUCUCUCGUAUUGUAAUUAUAAGCGUUUAGAUAGAUACAAUCUUACUUAAGUUCCAAGCAUUCCAUAUUACUCCUAUGGGAUCUCUAAUGUGUUUAAAAAGCUUUCUAUUAUUAUAGUCCAAAGACUAGCGUCUUGUAAUUUGUACAUAGAUAUAACUGUAAAUAUGUAUUGUAUGGAUUAUCUGUAAAUAUGAAUAUUUUUAGUGGUUAAUGCGUGCAUAUAAAAAUAUUCGCCCUGCACAAUGAAUAGAAUGACAAUAAUGAGCAUCUGUUUAUUGAAACACAUUUAGAAUGGUUAACUUUUAAUAUUACUCGUAUCCGAUAAAUUUAAUUAUAACUAUACGAUUGUUAUAUACAUUUCUGCAAUAAGGUUUCAAAUAUUUAUUCAGCUGAUAGAUUCCAAAAAGUUUUUCUGCGGUAUUUGAAAACCUACGUAAUUAAGCAUCUCUAUUUUGAAUGUGUGUACUUAAGUCUAGAUCCUUAUAUCUUUAGCACGAUUACAAAACAUUCACUUAAUAUUAGAAAACUUUUCAGUCAUCGAACAUCUAAUUUUAUUUCAACCAAGUUGAGCCGGGAACCGAAUACGUCACCAAUAAAUUGGUUGUCGUCUUCAACACCUCCCUCAACACAGCAGUAUAGAAUACAAAGUUCCUAAGCUAAAAUACGUUUUAAGAGAUAAUUAUUUCUAUCUAUAUUUUAUAAAUUGUAAGUAGGUAAAAUUACUUUGAGGGUUUCUGAUCAACGAAUUACAUAAAUCAAACAAUGUAUCAUGUAAGUUUGCCAUCACAUAUAUAACUCAUAUUUUACAGUAUUUAUGGAGCUGUUAGUUCUUCCACAUAAGUUUCCAGUCUGAUCAAACAUGAUGAACAUAGGUAUAAUAACAUUAAAAGAUUUCAUGAUUAACUCACAAUUGUGUAUAUCAAAUAAAUUAAUUAUAUAUCUUUAUAGUAUUUCCAGAGGUAAAGGUUCUUCAUAAAAAUAAACAUCUAUAACUAAAAUGUAUGGAGCUGCAAACUUAAGUGGAAUAGGUUACAUGCACCACAGGAACGGUUAUAUGGAAUGCCGUACACCUGUCAUACUUAAGGACAAUUAUAUACAAAACAUUAAUAUUAUAUUACUGAGAACAUGGCAUUUCAGAAUGACACUCUGGAGUUAAAUAAGAAUGUUGAUUUAUAAAAACAACCUUUGGCAAACAAACCGAAAUCAUAUUAAACUUUACUUGCUCACAAAUAAUCAUUUAAAUCUGCACUUUUAAGUAAUGUAACCAUAAUUUUAAUUUUGUAAUAAUUUAAUAAAAAUGCAGACCAUAUAUUAGCUUCAUUAAUACUUCUAACAGUAUUCCCAUCAUUUAUUCUUCAGGUUUUCUUCAAUACAUUUAUACUUCUCUUAAAUUGUAAUGCUGGUCAUUAAAAUUGUAAUUGGAUUCUGUCCGUGUGUGAUCUAUUUAAUAUUAUUAUUAUUUAAAGUAAGUGACUUCCAAAUUAUCAUCGGUGGGCUAGAUAAACCAAAGAUUACUUAUGUUUAAGUGUAUGACGCGGAGCCUGUACAAUAUAAUGAUCCCGUCAUAAGUUAUAGUUUAGUUUUAAUUGUGCCAAAAAUAUUUUUAAGCUCCCAAUAAUGUUUAUAAGAAAAAUUUUAUUUUUUACAUAAAAUGGCAUUAUGUACUCUGGCAAUGUUUAGUUACUUGUGCAAUAUGAAUAUUGCAGAUAAGUAUUUCUUCCUUUUGAAACAUUUACAAUAUAUAGGUAUAUUUAUAGUGUUAGCAAUAGCAGUAAGCCAUUGUGAAUUCCUAUUGCCAUAUGUGUUUGUUGUGUAUGGGCGCGGAGCCAGCGCUGCGCCCAUAUGUUUCAUGAACAUUUGUUAAAAUAAGUACUUUAGAUUGUUAAACUUACCCAUAGAUUAACAUGUGUUAAAAUAUUGCCUAUA